GCCUCUUCAGUCCCGAGGAGAAGCAGAAGGAAAGCACACGAUGGAGGCCCCCCAAAAAGCAUGCUGGACCCUUCUGUGCCUGGCCGGGUGGGCCUUGCUGGCCGCAGGUUGUGCAUCUGCCACCGGAAAUGGGCCCCUGUGUUCGGACAACGUGGACUCAGAGGGCCCCGGCUGCCCCCACAGAAAGAAGGCGGCCACGCUCCUGCCCUCCUUCACCGAGACGACCUCCACAACCAUGAUGCCCACCACGUCGACAACACAUCACAACAUGACCAAUCACACCACCACCACUAGGCCCCCCACGCCGGCACCCACCACCCCCACCCACCACACCACUGUCAACGCCUCGCACCAUACCACGCUCCGCAGCCACUCCACGGCCCGCCCUCAGAAACACACCACUCCACACCACCACCGAAGGCAUACCACCACCGCUCACCACAAACACCACACCACCACGGAUCACCAUCCCCAUCCCACCACUUCGACACACCAUACCACGACCAGCCACCAAAAUGGUACCACAUCCCACCGGCCUCAUCCUACCCCUUCGCCCCAUCACACCACGACCCGCCAUCAUAACCUUACCACUGCUCACCAUCACAACUUUACCACGACUCACCCACCCCAUCCCAACACCACGGCCUAUCCCCACAAUCAUACAACGGCUCAUUUCCACAACCACACCACGGCCCAUCCCCAUAACCAUACCACGGCUCAUUUCCACAACCACACCACGGCCCAUCCCCAUAACCAUACCACGGCUCAUUUCCACAACCACACCACGGCCCACCCGCUGCCCACCACGGGUAACUCACCCACCCAUCACACCACGGCUGUGCUCACCACGCCGGCCCACCACACCAGCCCUCUGCCCCCAGUGCCACCCACUGUGAUGCCCUUUGUGCUAGUGGGAGACUACCGCGUGGAGAACGCUUCAGAGGUCUGCCUCCGGGCCCAGAUGGGGCUGCAACUCAGGGUCCGCUACACCAAGAAGGGGAAAGAGCAGGCCUGGGGGGAGUUCUCCUUGCAGCCCAACCGGACCAACGUCAACGGAACGUGCUUCGACAAGACCACGACCCUCACACUGAGUUUCCCAGAGGGCUUUGUUUUCUUCUUUUUCUCCAAGAAUGAAACUCAAAACACCUUCUACCUGAGCCGGGUGCAGGCCAAGCUGACGUACCAGUUUCCCCAGGCAGGAGAGUAA